CAUGUAUUCCAUCAUCGCUCGCUCGCUUGCUCGCUCGCCCAACUCGGGCCUUCAGUAUCGUCGCCACCGCACUCGAACAGUGAACGUUUUACCGUGCAAUCAGCUUCGCGCUUGAGUCGCGGCAGAAUAUGUGAUCACAUCGUAAAUCAAAACUACUAAUCAAAAGAGCUGUUGUUAGUUGGCCCUAAUCGUGUAGGUGUAGAAGUUGACAACCGCUUCGACGACGACGACGACGAGGAAGAUCCAUCCGAUAAAAUUCAGCGAGUAUGUCCUCGGUGACGGUUCGUCGUGAGUUACAUGUGAAUUUUGACCAACCUAACCAGUGUGCGACGUCCGUGAUCAGCUGCUGCAGGUAUCUGCACUCAGCCAUUAAGUCCAAGAAGAGAAAGUACGGAUAAAGAAGAAGAGUUCGAAAGUUCAGCCAAUUGAGAAGUCUGUGUCAUUAUCUGUGAUAUCUCCGAGAAGAAGUGAAAGAAAAAAGAGUUAAACUUUGUGAAAACGGGGCUCGGUUAAGCCCGAAGCUUCCACUAAGAAGCCUGUAUUAAGUGAGCUGAUCAACGGAGCUGAUCGAAACGGCUUAACGCCAAAAAUAAAUAUAAAGAGAGUGCAAAAUUUUUCUAGUGUACUAAUCCAUCCCCUUCUGGCUGGUGUUAUCAUAUUGAUAACGAAGCCGUUCGAAAUACGCGCAAAUAGUCUAGUCAGGUGGUGUUGCACCGUCCGUAUCGUGUACCGAUAGAUAGAUGAGAAGCGACGGCCAGAAAUCCACCAACCUGGGUCUCAUCGAGUGCAUUCUGAUUCUGAGGAAGCCCAUGUGGCAGGUGGGCAUCGUACCGGCCAAGCUGAGUGACGCCAUCGGUUCGUUGGUUCGGUACGCGCAGGAAUCGCUCAAUGUGUUCUUCUGUUCCACAAAAGCCCGACGCAAGGAACGAGACGGCGACGCGAAUCAGGGCGACACAAAGCUAUACCUGGAGGAGGGCGUACUGGAACGGAAGCUGCCCGAUGCCGAUCUGAGGUUACUGGUCGACCUGCCGGCCGGUCUAGACUAUAACGAAUGGCUUGCCUCGCACACGUUGGUACUAUUUAAACAUUUGAAUUUACCUUUCGAAUCAUCAAUUGAAUUUAUUAAUUUGUCAGGACCGGAUCUAGGGGGGGGGGGGGGCAGAAUGUACCUAUGGUUCGACGAGAAGGGCAAGAAGACGCGCGUCGCGGCCCCGCAGUACAUCGACUACGUGAUGACCUUCACGCAGAAAACCGUCAGCGACGAGUCGAUAUUUCCCACCAAAUAUGCCAAUGAGUUUCCUAGUUCGUUCGAGAGUAUUGCUAGAAAAAUUUUACGUUUACUGUUCCAUGUGAUCGCGCACCUGUACGCGGCGCACUUCCGCGAGGUGGCACUGCUCGGGCUGCACGCCCACCUCAAUCUCACCUUCGCCCAUCUGACCGCGUUGCAUAGGCGUUUCAAUCUAAUAGAACCCAAAGAAACCGAAGUUUUACGUGAUCUAGAAAUCGCUUUACGUUUAACCGACGAUCCAGUACCUUCGUCCGCCACCAGCAGCAGCACCGGAAGCACCAGCAGCACGCAGCAGCAGCCGGCGGCGCCCAGCAGCAGCAGUGCAGCGGACAGUGGUUCGGUGUCGGCGACGUCCACCGCGACGACGGCCAGUGCGAGCGCGGCAGGCGGACCCUGUGUGGAGAACAAUAAUAGCAGCAGUAGUGAUAGUGGCGUCGCGACGCUGCACUCGCUCAUAGAUGGCGAUGCGACGGCGCAGCCAAUCUGUAAACAACCGUUAGAAUCGGGCAGUGUAAAUAAUAGUCAUAAUGUUUCUAGUAGUAAUAAAGAACAAAUGAUGCAGACGUGCGGUCCGGGCGGCGGUGGCGGCAGCGGCAGCAGUACCGGAAGCGUCGGCGUGAUCGGAUGCGGCGUCGGCUACGGCGGCGGCGGCAGCACCCAGCAGACCUCCAACACCCAGACAACGGCAUAGUGGAUACGUUGGACGGCUAGUGUGGGCGCCGGGGCCGGUACCAUUUUCCUGCUGGGCGGGGCUGCGUGCUGCGGAGCCUUGCAGCUUCAAACCAAUCUCUGACCAAAAUGUGAUUUAUCCCCUAACAAACAAAAAACGAAGAGAUGAAAAAAGAAGAAAAAAAAACAAAAACCAUAAAAUGAGAAUCCACAACAGGAAAAAUUCUAAUUCUUAAAGAGUUGAACAAAGAACAAAAAAAAAAAAAACUAGCAAACAAAUCAAGUAACAAAUAAGGCAAAAACCAAUCCAAUUAUAUCCCAAAAAACAAAGAUACAUAAACCUGACAGCAAAGCAACAAAAAUGCUAGGAAGAAAUUACAAACACAAUUAAAAAAACAACCAACCAAACACCACUGUGUUGAAGCGGAAGGCAGCAACUUCCUAUUGUUUUGGUUUUCUUCCUUUCGAAUUCAGAAAACGCGCUGAUUUGAACAAAACACCCCCUCCCAUUCUGAUUUAGAAACAAGAGUAGGGUUGACUAUAUAAUUUAUGUUGUGUUUAGUGAGAGUAAAAAACUACAUUUAGCCUCCUUUUUAAGUAAGGGAAAGUGAGACAGAAAGAGCGAAAGAGAUAGUGAAACGCGAAAGUCUGUCCUUGAAACGUACGCAAAAAGAAGAACAGACAAGAGAACUACUAAAAUUACCACAGUAUAUAGUUGUUGAAGCUGGCAUCAUGCUUUAAAUUUUAGCUAGUGAGAAAAGUCCAGUAGAAAAUCCGGAAACUUGCUCCUACAGGUGGAGCAACGAAGAACAAAAUUGAUGGAAAAACCUUGGGGGAAAUUAAAUUUUCCUACAGGUCAAUUCUUUGGAAUUAUUUGAUCUUAGCUUUGCUGGUCCUUUGCAAACAGGCAUUUUAUCUAUUUUCAUCCGAUUUCAAUACUCAAGAGAGAAUGAUCACAAUGUGAACAUUUUACGAGUUCAAAUUAUCGAAUGGAAAUCGAUUGAAUGCUAAAGGAUCAAAAGCUUAAAACAAGUUUGGCGCAAUGUCUCAUUUUUCUGCGUCGAAGACAGCAAUAAUAAUGCAAAAAAAAAACUCCGACCAGCACACAUACACACAUACAUGGCACCUAAAUCCUCGCAAUGGUGAUGUGUGCCUCUUCCUCCAUCAGGAGAAGAAAGCUCCGAUUUAGUGUCAAAAUUGUGAUUCAAAGUAGCUAUGUUGAGAGCUCUUGUUUAUUGCUACUGCUACUACUGUUACUACUACGACUUAACCUGUCCUUUUGUGUCCCUUUGUUUUCCCCCUUUUCUUCCCAUUCUCCCACAUUUCUAUUAUCUAUUAUUAUUUCAUAAAUUAAAAAAAAAAAAGCUAUUAUUGUUGUUUAUUUAGUUUACUACUACACAAUUACACACAAUUUUUGUGCGGGUUUCGCGUUUCUUGUUAGAAGGUUUUAAGAGUAGACUCCCCGAAAAAAAAAAUGCGGGAAACAAAAAAGUUGUGAACGGAAAAAAUCAGAAAAAAGAAGUAAACUGAAACAUACGUAGAAUCAAAGAAGCAGGAGAAGAUAACUGUGCAGACAGAUGUAGAAGAAGAAGAAGUUCUAAUGUAAUAACAAACUGCAACAAAGUUCGUACCAAUCACACAUGAGUUA